AUGAAUAAAUGCAGCUGCCGAUGUCUGAUGAAUUGGCAAAGGUUCUGUUGUGAUGUAGGAAUGUCAGUUUGUCGCAGCCAUUUUCUAACUACCAUUUUGUCCACUUUCUCUUUUUUAUUCUCUUUAUCCUCUACACCUUAUUUUCUCCCAAUUCUCUCCUUUUACUCUAUUCCUUUUCUUCACUCUCUCUCUCUCACCUUCAUGCAUUUUGUUCCUCCUUUUCACACAUUUUUUGACUUUCUGUCCACUCCCAUUCUUCAAAAUAUUUAUUUUUUCAUCCCCCUGAUUUUUCUUUUUUCUUCCUUUUUGAUUCAUUCUUUCUUUUACCUUCUUUUUUCAAAUUCCUUCCUUCUUUCUUCAUUCCUACUCCUUUUUCCUUUCUUUUUCCUUUCCUUUGUUUUUCUUCUCCUUCUUUCCUCUACCUUCUCUUUUCCUAUUUCUUCCCUCUCCCUUUCUUUUUCUCUUUCUUCUUUCUUCUCUCUUUCCCAUCUCUUCCUUCCUUUUCCCUCCUUUCUUUCUUCCCCUUUUGCUUUCUUCUUUCCCUGCUCCCUUUCACUUUUUUUCCUUUUUCUCUUCUUUUUAUCUAACCUCCCACUUUUGCUGAUUUGUCUUUCACCUUCAUUCAACAUUUCCAUUGUCUUCUCUUUCUUUUCACAUCUUCAAUUAUUCACACAGAUUUUUUUAUUUUCUUUCAUUUGUUGCUCUUUUUUGUCCCACCUACCUCCUCUGGUUUCUUUUCUUUCUCUUUCUAUCUUUCUUUCUUUCUCUCUAUCUAUCUCUUUCUCUUUAUCUAUCUAUCUCUUUCUAUCUAUCUAUCUAUCUAUCUCUUUCUAUCUAUCUAUCUCUUUCUAUCUAUCUAUCUAUCUAUCUCUUUCUAUCUAUCUAUCUAUUUCUAUCUAUCUAUCUAUUUCUAUCUAUCUAUCUCUUUCUAUAUAUCUAUCUAUCUUUCUUUCUCUUUCUAUCUAUCUUUCUUUCUCUUUCUAUCUAUCUUUCUUUCUUUCUACAUUAUUUUUUGUUUCUCCCCAGUUUUUUCCUUACAUUAAUUUUCACUAUUCUCUUCUCACUUUCAUACCCUUUUGUUUUCUUCCUCCUCCCUUCAUUCUCUUUCUUCCUCCUUUUUUCUUUUCCUCUUAG